AUGCUUGUCGAGUUACAGGAACAACAUUCUGAGGUCAACGUGAUCUACGUGGAUAUUUACGAGAUCAUGGUCUCCAUUCUCACGCACCCUUCUUCUCUAGGGUUUACGAAGACGAACGUAGCUUGCUGUGGAGCUGGUGGAAAGUACAACUACCGUCCUCAGGUGUUCUGUGGAGAUUACGAACGAGGGUCCAGGCCGCGCAAGGAGCCAGGGAAAUAUGUGUUUUGGGACGAAUGGCAUAUCUCACAAGUUGCUUCAAAGCAGAUUGCUAAGAGAAUGAUACCCAAGAUUUUGAAAGCCCUAACUUGUGCGCCAAGCUAG